AUGGCGGCGGCAGUAGGGGUCCGCGGCCGGUGCGAGCUGCCGCCUUGCUCCGGCCCAGGCUGGCUCCUUAGCCUUUCCGCCUUGCUGAGUGUGGCGGCUCGAGGGGCCUUCGCCACCACGCACUGGGUCGUCACGGAGGACGGGAAGAUCCAGCAGCAGGUGGAUUCACCAAUGAACUUGAAGCAUCCCCAUGACUUAGUCAUUUUAAUGAGACAAGAAACAACAGUUAACUACCUCAAAGAAUUGGAGAAGCAAUUAGUUGCUCAAAAAAUUCAUAUAGAAGAGAAUGAGGACAGAGAUACUGGACUGGAACAGAGACAUAAUAAAGAGGAUCCAGACUGCAUCAAAGCCAAGGUGCCGUUAGGGGACCUGGAUCUGUAUGAUGGCACAUAUAUAACUUUGGAAAGCAAAGACAUCAGCCCUGAAGAUUAUAUAGACACAGAAUCUCCUGUCCCUCCAGACCCUGAGCAACCUGAUUGUACCAAAAUUCUAGAACUUCCAUAUAGUAUACAUGCUUUUCAACAUCUGCGAGGUGUACAAGAGAGAGUUAAUCUUUCUGCACCUCUAUUACCUAAAGAAGAUCCAAUCUUCACAUAUUUAUCUAAACGACUAGGAAGAAGUAUAGAUGACAUCGGUCACCUCAUUCAUGAAGGGCUGCAGAAGAAUUCUUCCUCAUGGGUACUGUAUAACAUGGCUUCAUUUUAUUGGAGAAUAAAGAAUGAGCCGUAUCAAGUAGUGGAAUGUGCCAUGCGAGCACUUCACUUCUCUUCCAGGCACAAUAAAGACAUUGCCCUGGUCAACUUGGCAAAUGUGCUGCACAGAGCACACUUCUCUGCAGAUGCUGCUGUGGUGGUCCACGCAGCCCUGGAUGACAGUGACUUCUUCACCAGCUAUUACACUUUGGGAAAUAUAUAUGCAAUGCUGGGAGAGUAUAACCACUCAGUGCUCUGUUAUGACCAUGCUUUGCAGGCCAAACCUGGCUUUGAGCAGGCUAUAAAGAGGAAGCAUGCUGUCCUUUGUCAGCAAAAACUCGAGCAGAAAUUGGAAGCUCAACAUAGAUCCCUCCAGCGAACACUGAAUGAGUUGAAAGAAUAUCAAAAGCAGCAUGACCACUACCUGAGACAGCAGGAGAUCCUAGAAAAACAUAAGCUGAUUCAGGAAGAGCAAAUCUUAAGAAAUAUCAUCCAUGAGACACAGAUGGCAAAAGAAGCACAGUUAGGAAAUCAUCAGAUAUGCCGUCUGGUCAACCAGCAGCAUAGUUUACAUUGCCAGUGGGACCAACCUGUGCGCUACCAUCGUGGAGAUAUUUUUGAAAAUGUGGACUAUGUUCAGUUUGGUGAGGAUUCAUCAACCUCCAGUAUGAUGUCUGUGAAUUUUGAUGUUCAGGCAAAUCAGAGUGAUAUCAGUGAUUUGGUCAAGUCUUCUCCUGUAGCCCAUUCCAUUCUCUGGAUCUGGGGCAGGGAUUCUGAUGCAUAUAGGGACAAACAGCAUAUUCUUUGGCCUAAAAGAGUAGAUUGUGCAGAAAGCUAUCCUAGAGUCCCUCUUGGCGGGGAAUUACCAACGUAUUUUCUGCCACCGGAAAACAAAGGACUCAGGAUCCACGAACUCAGCAGUGAUGAUUAUUCUUCAGAAGAAGAGGCCCAAACCCCUGACUGUUCCAUAACUGACUUCAGAAAAAGCCAGACUCUGUCCUACUUAGUCAAAGAAUUAGAGGUCCGCAUGGAUCUGAAAGCCAAAAUGCCAGAUGACCAUGCACGAAAAAUUUUGCUUUCCCGUAUUAAUAACUAUACUAUCCCAGAAGAAGAAAUUGGGUCAUUCUUAUUUCAUGCUAUUAAUAAGCCAAAUGCCCCCGUCUGGCUGAUACUCAAUGAAGCUGGACUCUACUGGAGAGCAGUAGGAAACAGCACUUUUGCUAUUGCCUGUCUUCAGAGAGCUUUGAAUUUGGCUCCACUUCAAUACCAGGACAUUCCUCUUGUGAACUUGGCCAACCUUUUGAUUCACUAUGGUCUCCAUCUUGAUGCCACUAAACUGCUCCUUCAAGCUUUGGCCAUCAAUAGCUCUGAGCCCCUGACCUUUUUGAGCCUGGGAAAUGCUUACCUUGCUCUGAAGAAUAUCAGUGGGGCACUUGAGGCCUUUAGACAGGCUUUGAAAUUAACGACCAAAUGCCCAGAAUGUGAAAACAGCCUGAAGUUGAUACGCUGUAUGCAGUUUUAUCCUUUUCUGUACAACAUCACCUCUUCUGUUUGCAGUGGUAAUUGUCAUGAGAAAACCCUGGACAACAGCCAUGACAAACAGAAAUAUUUUGACAACUCACAGUCACUGGAUGCUGCCGAAGAAGAGCCCUCUGAGACAGGAACAGAGGAGGAGCCUGUACUCUCUGUUGAGAAUUCAGGGAGGGACUCAGAUGCCCUUAGACUUGAAAGUACAGUGGCUGAGGAGAGCAAUGGUUCCGAUGAGAUGGAGAAUUCGGAUGAAACAAAAAUGUCUGAAGAGAUACUGGCUUUGGUGGACGAAUUUCAACAGGCAUGGCCCCUGGAAGGCUUUGGGGGAGCCCUGGAGAUGAAAGGGCGGCGUCUGGACUUGCAGGGGAUACGAGUGCUAAAGAAGGGUCCCCAGGACGGAGUGGCCAGAAGCUCUUGCUACGGAGACUGCAGAAGUGAAGAUGAUGAAGCCACAGAAUGGAUCACAUUCCAGGUCAAACGUGUAAAGAAACCCAAAGGAGAUCAUAAGAAAACUCCUGGGAAAAAGGUAGAACAGAAUCAAGCAGAAAAUGUACAUCGUUACCAAGCAAACUUGGAGAUCACUGGCCCAAAGGUGGCAUCUCCUGGGCCACAAGGAAAAAAGCGUGACUACCAGAGUCUGGGAUGGCCCAGCCCAGACGAGUGCCUCAAACUCCGCUGGGUAGAGCUGACUGCCAUCGUGAGUACCUGGCUUGCAGUUUCUUCAAAAAACAUUGACAUCACAGAACACAUCGACUUUGCCACUCCAAUACAGCAGCCGGCGAUGGAGCCGCUUUGCAACGGCAAUCUGCCCACGAGCAUGCACACCCUGGACCACCUGCACGGGGUCUCCAACCGGGCCAGCCUGCACUACACAGGCGAGAGUCAGCUGACAGAGGUACUGCAAAAUCUUGGCAAAGACCAGUAUCCACAGCAGUCACUCGAACAAAUCGGCACACGAAUUGCCAAAGUUUUGGAAAAGAACCAGACCUCCUGGGUCCUUUCCAGCAUGGCAGCCCUCUACUGGAGAGUGAAAGGCCAGGGAAAGAAGGCAAUCGACUGCCUCCGCCAGGCCCUCCACUAUGCUCCACACCAGAUGAAGGACGUGCCCCUGAUCAGCCUGGCUAACAUCUUGCACAACGCCAAGCUCUGGAACGAUGCAGUCAUAGUAGCCACCAUGGCAGUGGAGAUCGCGCCACACUUCGCCGUGAACCACUUCACGCUGGGCAACGUCUACGUGGCGAUGGAGGAGUUUGAGAAAGCUCUCGUGUGGUAUGAAUCGACGCUGAAGCUGCAGCCUGAGUUCGUUCCAGCCAAGAACCGAAUCCAGACCAUCCAGUGUCACUUAAUGCUAAAGAAGGGACGGCGCUCGCCUUAGUGCACCCUCCUCCCUCUCUCUCUCUCGCUCUCUCGCUCUCUCUCUCAUUUCUCUCUCUGCUCACACUCUUUAAAAAAAAAAAAAAAAAAGAAUAAGAAAAGAAACCAAUCAUUGUCAGUAUCUACUUUUAAUGAUGUGUGUGAAAAUAACUGAGUAGGACUUACAACAGGACUUUUACGUAUGUGGGAAUCGGUUUGUCUUUGUUUUGAAGUCCCCUCUUUCCCCCCAGCCAACCUCAGAAACACAAAUUUCUCAAAAGGAAAAUGCAGCGGAAAGAUACCGUGUAAAUACUGAGCCAAGACGUUUCUGGAGCUGUGCUCUGUCUCCAAAACCUCGAUGCCUUUAGGGCUUUUCUCAGUGGUCCAGCCGGCCGCCGCCACCACCUCCUCCUCCUCCUCCUCCUCCUCCUCCUCGUUGGCGGAGGACAAAGCGCGCUGCGCAUCCUCUGCUUCCUGUCGUAGCCUCUGUUGUCAGUGGAAAUGCAGAAGCCCGCCCGGUGCCAGUGAGAAGCAACGUUGUGCGCGCUCGCCAGUAGAUCCGUGCUGUCCCCCGUCGUCCGUUCCAUGCUGCUAUGUCACAAACCCUCAGAGGUAGUUUGCAGGGGAGGAAGGGGAAAUGAUUUUUAAAAAAACAAUAUUUACAACAACAAAAACUCUUAGGAUCACCUGACCUUUGUAAUGUUAUUUAUGUUGGGGAGGGAGGGGGGUGCUGAGAAGGGGAAAUCAGCAGUGUACAACAUCUAUAUCAUUUGUGCUUUAAUUACAAAUCACAAGGAAACCAAUAAGUUGAAAUCCUAUAUAACAGGUUUAUAUAUAUAGAAUAUGUAUAUUUGAAGCCCUCUACGCUGAAUCUAUGUUUUACUAAUUCUUUGUUCACUGUGUUACCCAUCUCAGAAUAAGGUGUGAGUGUCCGCUCCCUCUCUCUGAGGCCUUCAAACUUAGCUCCUCAGGAGAGAGCGAUGCGCCAAGGUUGAGUGUUUCCGUACAAUGCUUUUACCUCUGGUCCCAGGAGAAUCAGAAACUCCAGACAUUUUGGAAUCUUCAAGGGCACAUACUGAGAACAAAAAUAAAAGUUGUUUAUGAGCAACAUA